UAUUCCUUCAGGACCAUUUGAAUCCUGCCUUGAGAUCGUGGAUCCAGACGACUACUAUGAUUCGUGCGUCUAUGACGUGUGUCUUACCGGUGAUGAUGCUCUGUGUUCCAGUCUUGCACAAUACGCUCGUGCCUGCAGGAGCAAGGGAGGGAAACCUGGCAGAUGGAGAUUGCUUGUGGAAGAAUGCCCACUGAACUGUCCUUCCAACACUGUGUACGACCCCUGCUUCAGUGGCUGUCCAGCAACCUGUUCCUCUGCUGCGAGCACAUUGUCCUGCAAUACCACUUGCCAGGAAACGUGUAGAUGUGCAGAUGGUCUUGUACUGGAUGGUGGGCACUGUGUGGAUCCAUCACAGUGUGGUUGCACUCUGGAUAGUGGUGUUUAUAUUCCGUCUGGAGGAGCAUGGACUGACCCAGGCUGCACACAACACUGCCUUUGUCGAGGUGGGCUUGCAGAGUGUUCCGAAUUCCAGUGUGGAGAGAACGAAGAAUGCGAAAUCAGGAACGGUUUUCCAAGCUGUUACUGCAGAGAUGGCUACACCUCUCUCGGAGAUGCCUGCUUCAGAGCUCCUGGGUAUUGCCAGAUCUGGGGUGACCCCCAUUAUGUGACCUUUGACGAUAAGAAAUAUAACUUCCAGGGUGAUUGUGACUACACGCUGGUCAGAGAUUGCCAGAAUUCCAGUGACUACCACCUGUGGUCCAACAAUGAACGGCUGCGCCCAUCUGACAGUGUUUCUUACCUGAGGGAAGUGGUACUUGACCUGAGCGAUAGAAGAUACGCUCUGAUCAAGGGCUUCCAUGUCAGAGUGAAUGGAAGAGAUGUCUCUGAAAACCUGCCUUACAUGGAUGAGCAAGUGUGGAUCUACAGGGAUGUGACAUCCAUGAAUCUGGUAACAGAUUUCUUAUGGGUUAGCUACGAUGGAAUGGACAGUGCUGAUGUGUACCUCAGUUACUUUGCAGGAAGAACUUGUGGCCUGUGUGGAUCCUUUGAUGGAGACCAGAACAAUGAUAUGAUACUUCCUUCAGGAGAAUUGGCAAGAUCAGCAACUGAGUUUGGAAACAGCUGGGUUGCGUACCCUGACCAAUGUGAUGGUGUGGAUCCAGGUCCAACUGACCCUUGUGAGGAUGGAGUGAACAGCUUGUCUGCAUCCAACGAUCUGUGCUAUUAUUUGAAGGAUCCUUCCGGACCAUUUGAAUCCUGCCUUGAGAUCGUGGAUCCAGACGACUACUAUGAUUCGUGCGUCUAUGACGUGUGUCUUACCGGUGAUGAUGCUCUGUGUUCCAGUCUUGCACAAUACGCUCGUGCCUGCAGGAGCAAGGGAGGGAAACCUGGCAGAUGGAGAUUGCUUGUGGAAGAAUGCCCACUGAACUGUCCUUCCAACACUGUGUACGACCCCUGCUUCAGUGGCUGUCCAGCAACCUGUUCCUCUGCUGCGAGCACAUUGUCCUGCAAUACCACUUGCCAGGAAACGUGUAGAUGUGCAGAUGGUCUUGUACUGGAUGGUGGGCACUGUGUGGAUCCAUCACAGUGUGGUUGCACUCUGGAUAGUGGUGUUUAUAUUCCGUCUGGAGGAGCAUGGACUGACCCAGGCUGCACACAACACUGCCUUUGUCGAGGUGGGCUUGCAGAGUGUUCCGAAUUCCAGUGUGGAGAGAACGAAGAAUGCGAAAUCAGGAACGGUUUUCCAAGCUGUUACUGCAGAGAUGGCUACACCUCUCUCGGAGAUGCCUGCUUCAGAGCUCCUGGGUAUUGCCAGAUCUGGGGUGACCCCCAUUAUGUGACCUUUGACGAUAAGAAAUAUAACUUCCAGGGUGAUUGUGACUACACGCUGGUCAGAGAUUGCCAGAAUUCCAGUGACUACCACCUGUGGUCCAACAAUGAACGGCUGCGCCCAUCUGACAGUGUUUCUUACCUGAGGGAAGUGGUACUUGACCUGAGCGAUAGAAGAUACGCUCUGAUCAAGGGCUUCCAUGUCAGAGUGAAUGGAAGAGAUGUCUCUGAAAACCUGCCUUACAUGGAUGAGCAAGUGUGGAUCUACAGGGAUGUGACAUCCAUGAAUCUGGUAACAGAUUUCUUAUGGGUUAGCUACGAUGGAAUGGACAGUGCUGAUGUGUACCUCAGUUACUUUGCAGGAAGAACUUGUGGCCUGUGUGGAUCCUUUGAUGGAGACCAGAACAAUGAUAUGAUACUUCCUUCAGGAGAAUUGGCAAGAUCAGCAACUGAGUUUGGAAACAGCUGGGUUGCGUACCCUGACCAAUGUGAUGGUGUGGAUCCAGGUCCAACUGACCCUUGUGAGGAUGGAGUGAACAGCUUGUCUGCAUCCAACGAUCUGUGCUAUUAUUUGAAGGAUCCUUCCGGACCAUUUGAAUCCUGCCUUGAGAUCGUGGAUCCAGACGACUACUAUGAUUCGUGCGUCUAUGACGUGUGUCUUACCGGUGAUGAUGCUCUGUGUUCCAGUCUUGCACAAUACGCUCGUGCCUGCAGGAGCAAGGGAGGGAAACCUGGCAGAUGGAGAUUGCUUGUGGAAGAAUGCCCACUGAACUGUCCUUCCAACACUGUGUACGACCCCUGCUUCAGUGGCUGUCCAGCAACCUGUUCCUCUGCUGCGAGCACAUUGUCCUGCAAUACCACUUGCCAGGAAACGUGUAGAUGUGCAGAUGGUCUUGUACUGGAUGGUGGGCACUGUGUGGAUCCAUCACAGUGUGGUUGCACUCUGGAUAGUGGUGUUUAUAUUCCGUCUGGAGGAGCAUGGACUGACCCAGGCUGCACACAACACUGCCUUUGUCGAGGUGGGCUUGCAGAGUGUUCCGAAUUCCAGUGUGGAGAGAACGAAGAAUGCGAAAUCAGGAACGGUUUUCCAAGCUGUUACUGCAGAGAUGGCUACACCUCUCUCGGAGAUGCCUGCUUCAGAGCUCCUGGGUAUUGCCAGAUCUGGGGUGACCCCCAUUAUGUGACCUUUGACGAUAAGAAAUAUAACUUCCAGGGUGAUUGUGACUACACGCUGGUCAGAGAUUGCCAGAAUUCCAGUGACUACCACCUGUGGUCCAACAAUGAACGGCUGCGCCCAUCUGACAGUGUUUCUUACCUGAGGGAAGUGGUACUUGACCUGAGCGAUAGAAGAUACGCUCUGAUCAAGGGCUUCCAUGUCAGAGUGAAUGGAAGAGAUGUCUCUGAAAACCUGCCUUACAUGGAUGAGCAAGUGUGGAUCUACAGGGAUGUGACAUCCAUGAAUCUGGUAACAGAUUUCUUAUGGGUUAGCUACGAUGGAAUGGACAGUGCUGAUGUGUACCUCAGUUACUUUGCAGGAAGAACUUGUGGCCUGUGUGGAUCCUUUGAUGGAGACCAGAACAAUGAUAUGAUACUUCCUUCAGGAGAAUUGGCAAGAUCAGCAACUGAGUUUGGAAACAGCUGGGUUGCGUACCCUGACCAAUGUGAUGGUGUGGAUCCAGGUCCAACUGACCCUUGUGAGGAUGGAGUGAACAGCUUGUCUGCAUCCAACGAUCUGUGCUAUUAUUUGAAGGAUCCUUCCGGACCAUUUGAAUCCUGCCUUGAGAUCGUGGAUCCAGACGACUACUAUGAUUCGUGCGUCUAUGACGUGUGUCUUACCGGUGAUGAUGCUCUGUGUUCCAGUCUUGCACAAUACGCUCGUGCCUGCAGGAGCAAGGGAGGGAAACCUGGCAGAUGGAGAUUGCUUGUGGAAGAAUGCCCACUGAACUGUCCUUCCAACACUGUGUACGACCCCUGCUUCAGUGGCUGUCCAGCAACCUGUUCCUCUGCUGCGAGCACAUUGUCCUGCAAUACCACUUGCCAGGAAACGUGUAGAUGUGCAGAUGGUCUUGUACUGGAUGGUGGGCACUGUGUGGAUCCAUCACAGUGUGGUUGCACUCUGGAUAGUGGUGUUUAUAUUCCGUCUGGAGGAGCAUGGACUGACCCAGGCUGCACACAACACUGCCUUUGUCGAGGUGGGCUUGCAGAGUGUUCCGAAUUCCAGUGUGGAGAGAACGAAGAAUGCGAAAUCAGGAACGGUUUUCCAAGCUGUUACUGCAGAGAUGGCUACACCUCUCUCGGAGAUGCCUGCUUCAGAGCUCCUGGGUAUUGCCAGAUCUGGGGUGACCCCCAUUAUGUGACCUUUGACGAUAAGAAAUAUAACUUCCAGGGUGAUUGUGACUACACGCUGGUCAGAGAUUGCCAGAAUUCCAGUGACUACCACCUGUGGUCCAACAAUGAACGGCUGCGCCCAUCUGACAGUGUUUCUUACCUGAGGGAAGUGGUACUUGACCUGAGCGAUAGAAGAUACGCUCUGAUCAAGGGCUUCCAUGUCAGAGUGAAUGGAAGAGAUGUCUCUGAAAACCUGCCUUACAUGGAUGAGCAAGUGUGGAUCUACAGGGAUGUGACAUCCAUGAAUCUGGUAACAGAUUUCUUAUGGGUUAGCUACGAUGGAAUGGACAGUGCUGAUGUGUACCUCAGUUACUUUGCAGGAAGAACUUGUGGCCUGUGUGGAUCCUUUGAUGGAGACCAGAACAAUGAUAUGAUACUUCCUUCAGGAGAAUUGGCAAGAUCAGCAACUGAGUUUGGAAACAGCUGGGUUGCGUACCCUGACCAAUGUGAUGGUGUGGAUCCAGGUCCAACUGACCCUUGUGAGGAUGGAGUGAACAGCUUGUCUGCAUCCAACGAUCUGUGCUAUUAUUUGAAGGAUCCUUCCGGACCAUUUGAAUCCUGCCUUGAGAUCGUGGAUCCAGACGACUACUAUGAUUCGUGCGUCUAUGACGUGUGUCUUACCGGUGAUGAUGCUCUGUGUUCCAGUCUUGCACAAUACGCUCGUGCCUGCAGGAGCAAGGGAGGGAAACCUGGCAGAUGGAGAUUGCUUGUGGAAGAAUGCCCACUGAACUGUCCUUCCAACACUGUGUACGACCCCUGCUUCAGUGGCUGUCCAGCAACCUGUUCCUCUGCUGCGAGCACAUUGUCCUGCAAUACCACUUGCCAGGAAACGUGUAGAUGUGCAGAUGGUCUUGUACUGGAUGGUGGGCACUGUGUGGAUCCAUCACAGUGUGGUUGCACUCUGGAUAGUGGUGUUUAUAUUCCGUCUGGAGGAGCAUGGACUGACCCAGGCUGCACACAACACUGCCUUUGUCGAGGUGGGCUUGCAGAGUGUUCCGAAUUCCAGUGUGGAGAGAACGAAGAAUGCGAAAUCAGGAACGGUUUUCCAAGCUGUUACUGCAGAGAUGGCUACACCUCUCUCGGAGAUGCCUGCUUCAGAGCUCCUGGGUAUUGCCAGAUCUGGGGUGACCCCCAUUAUGUGACCUUUGACGAUAAGAAAUAUAACUUCCAGGGUGAUUGUGACUACACGCUGGUCAGAGAUUGCCAGAAUUCCAGUGACUACCACCUGUGGUCCAACAAUGAACGGCUGCACCCAUCUGACAGUGUUUCUUACCUGAGGGAAGUGGUACUUGACCUGAGCGAUAGAAGAUACGCUCUGAUCAAGGGCUUCCAUGUCAGAGUGAAUGGAAGAGAUGUCUCUGAAAACCUGCCUUACAUGGAUGAGCAAGUGUGGAUCUACAGGGAUGUGACAUCCAUGAAUCUGGUAACAGAUUUCUUAUGGGUUAGCUACGAUGGAAUGGACAGUGCUGAUGUGUACCUCAGUUACUUUGCAGGAAGAACUUGUGGCCUGUGUGGAUCCUUUGAUGGAGACCAGAACAAUGAUAUGAUACUUCCUUCAGGAGAAUUGGCAAGAUCAGCAACUGAGUUUGGAAACAGCUGGGUUGCGUACCCUGACCAAUGUGAUGGUGUGGAUCCAGGUCCAACUGACCCUUGUGAGGAUGGAGUGAACAGCUUGUCUGCAUCCAACGAUCUGUGCUAUUAUUUGAAGGAUCCUUCCGGACCAUUUGAAUCCUGCCUUGAGAUCGUGGAUCCAGACGACUACUAUGAUUCGUGCGUCUAUGACGUGUGUCUUACCGGUGAUGAUGCUCUGUGUUCCAGUCUUGCACAAUACGCUCGUGCCUGCAGGAGCAAGGGAGGGAAACCUGGCAGAUGGAGAUUGCUUGUGGAAGAAUGCCCACUGAACUGUCCUUCCAACACUGUGUACGACCCCUGCUUCAGUGGCUGUCCAGCAACCUGUUCCUCUGCUGCGAGCACAUUGUCCUGCAAUACCACUUGCCAGGAAACGUGUAGAUGUGCAGAUGGUCUUGUACUGGAUGGUGGGCACUGUGUGGAUCCAUCACAGUGUGGUUGCACUCUGGAUAGUGGUGUUUAUAUUCCGUCUGGAGGAGCAUGGACUGACCCAGGCUGCACACAACACUGCCUUUGUCGAGGUGGGCUUGCAGAGUGUUCCGAAUUCCAGUGUGGAGAGAACGAAGAAUGCGAAAUCAGGAACGGUUUUCCAAGCUGUUACUGCAGAGAUGGCUACACCUCUCUCGGAGAUGCCUGCUUCAGAGCUCCUGGGUAUUGCCAGAUCUGGGGUGACCCCCAUUAUGUGACCUUUGACGAUAAGAAAUAUAACUUCCAGGGUGAUUGUGACUACACGCUGGUCAGAGAUUGCCAGAAUUCCAGUGACUACCACCUGUGGUCCAACAAUGAACGGCUGCACCCAUCUGACAGUGUUUCUUACCUGAGGGAAGUGGUACUUGACCUGAGCGAUAGAAGAUACGCUCUGAUCAAGGGCUUCCAUGUCAGAGUGAAUGGAAGAGAUGUCUCUGAAAACCUGCCUUACAUGGAUGAGCAAGUGUGGAUCUACAGGGAUGUGACAUCCAUGAAUCUGGUAACAGAUUUCUUAUGGGUUAGCUACGAUGGAAUGGACAGUGCUGAUGUGUACCUCAGUUACUUUGCAGGAAGAACUUGUGGCCUGUGUGGAUCCUUUGAUGGAGACCAGAACAAUGAUAUGAUACUUCCUUCAGGAGAAUUGGCAAGAUCAGCAACUGAGUUUGGAAACAGCUGGGUUGCGUACCCUGACCAAUGUGAUGGUGUGGAUCCAGGUCCAACUGACCCUUGUGAGGAUGGAGUGAACAGCUUGUCUGCAUCCAACGAUCUGUGCUAUUAUUUGAAGGAUCCUUCCGGACCAUUUGAAUCCUGCCUUGAGAUCGUGGAUCCAGACGACUACUAUGAUUCGUGCGUCUAUGACGUGUGUCUUACCGGUGAUGAUGCUCUGUGUUCCAGUCUUGCACAAUACGCUCGUGCCUGCAGGAGCAAGGGAGGGAAACCUGGCAGAUGGAGAUUGCUUGUGGAAGAAUGCCCACUGAACUGUCCUUCCAACACUGUGUACGACCCCUGCUUCAGUGGCUGUCCAGCAACCUGUUCCUCUGCUGCGAGCACAUUGUCCUGCAAUACCACUUGCCAGGAAACGUGUAGAUGUGCAGAUGGUCUUGUACUGGAUGGUGGGCACUGUGUGGAUCCAUCACAGUGUGGUUGCACUCUGGAUAGUGGUGUUUAUAUUCCGUCUGGAGCUUCAUGGACAAGGCCCGACUGUUCACAGCAGUGCACCUGUGAAGGUGGGCGUGCCCAGUGUGAAUCAUUCCAGUGUGGAGAGAAUGAAAGCUGUGAUAUCAAGAACGGUGUUCCGAGCUGUUACUGCAAAGAUGGCUACACCUCUCUUGGAGAUGCCUGCUUCAGAGCUCCCGGUUUCUGUCAGAUCUGGGGUGACCCUCAUUAUGUGACCUUUGACGAUAAGAAAUAUAACUUCCAGGGUGAUUGUGACUACACGCUGGUCAGAGAUUGCCAGAAUUCUAGUGAUUUCCACCUGUGGUCCAACAAUGAACUCUUGCGUCCAUCAGACAAAGUUUCCUACUUGAGAGAGGUGACACUAGAGUUGAAAGGAAACAUUUACUCUCUGAUCAAAGAUUUCCACGUACGAGUGGAUGGCAUUGAUUUUUCAAGAAAUCUGCCUUACUUUGAUGAGCAAGUCUUGAUCUACAGGGAUGUGACAUCAAUGAACCUGGUGACAGACUUCUUGUGGGUGAGCUAUGAUGGAAAGAACAGUGCUGAUGUUUACCUGAGCUACUCCUACUUUGGGCGUACAUGUGGUCUUUGUGGAAAUUUUGAUGGAGAUAAAUCAAAUGACCUGUUGCUUCCCAGUGGAGAAGUGGCAAGAUCUAAAACCGAGUUUGGAAAUAGCUGGGUAGUAAAUCCGGAACAAUGCGGCGAUGUAGAACCUGGUCCUACCGAUCCAUGUGAAGAAGGGUUGGAGAAUACCAGAGAGGAGGCUGCAGAUGUCUGCAAUUAUCUUCUGGAUCUAUCUGGUCCUUUUGCAUCUUGCCAUGAGUAUGUGGCUCCAGAGGAUUACUACCAAUCAUGUCUGUACGAUGUAUGUGAAACAGGAGAUGAUGCCCUGUGUGCCAAUCUAGAAGAGUAUGCUCAGGCCUGCAGAAAUAGGGGUGGUCAGCCUGGAAACUGGAGAGCUUCGGUGCCUGAAUGCCCAUUGGACUGUCCUUCCAACACUGUGUAUGACCCCUGCUUCAGUGGCUGUCCAGAAACCUGUUCCUCUGCUGCAAGCACAUUGUCCUGCAAUACCACUUGCCAGGAAACAUGCAGAUGUGCAGAUGGUCUUGUACUUGAUGACGGAAAGUGUGUGGAUCCAUCACAGUGUGGUUGCACUCUGGAGAAUCGUGUUUAUAUUCCGUCUGGAGCUCUAUGGACAAGGCCUGACUGUUCACAGCAGUGCACCUGUGAAGGUGGGCGUGCCCAGUGUGAAUCAUUCCAGUGUGGAGAGAAUGAAAGCUGUGAUAUCAAGAACGGUGUUCCGAGCUGUUACUGCAAAGAUGGCUACACCUCUCUUGGAGAUGCCUGCUUCAGAGCUCCCGGUUUCUGUCAGAUCUGGGGUGACCCUCAUUAUGUGACCUUUGACGAUAAGAAAUAUAACUUCCAGGGUGAUUGUGACUACACGCUGGUCAGAGAUUGCCAGAAUUCUAGUGAUUUCCACCUGUGGUCCAACAAUGAAAUCUUGCGUCCAUCAGACAAAGUUUCCUACUUGAGAGAGGUGACACUAGAGUUGAAAGGAAACAUUUACUCUCUGAUCAAAGAUUUCCACGUACGAGUGGAUGGCAUUGAUUUUUCAAGAAAUCUACCUUAUUUUGAUGAGCAAGUCUUGAUCUACAGGGAUGUGACAUCAAUGAACCUGGUGACAGACUUCUUGUGGGUGAGCUAUGAUGGAAAGAACAGUGCUGAUGUUUACCUGAGCUACUCCUACUUUGGGCGUACAUGUGGUCUUUGUGGAAAUUUUGAUGGAGAUAAAUCAAAUGACCUGUUGCUUCCCAGUGGAGAAGUGGCAAGAUCUAAAACCGAGUUUGGAAAUAGCUGGGUAGUAAAUCCGGAACAAUGCGGCGAUGUAGAACCUGGUCCUACCGAUCCAUGUGAAGAAGGGUUGGAGAAUACCAGAGAGGAGGCUGCAGAUGUCUGCAAUUAUCUUCUGGAUCUAUCUGGUCCUUUUGCAUCUUGCCAUGAGUAUGUGGCUCCAGAGGAUUACUACCAAUCAUGUCUGUACGAUGUAUGUGAAACAGGAGAUGAUGCCCUGUGUGCCAAUCUAGAAGAGUAUGCCCAGGCCUGCAGAAAUAGGGGUGGUCAGCCUGGAAACUGGAGAGCUUCGGUGCCUGAAUGCCGUAAGUCUGCAGAAAUGUCUGGAGCUCUAUGGACAAGGCCUGACUGUUCACAGCAGUGCACCUGUGAAGGUGGGCGUACCCAGUGUGAAUCAUUCCAGUGUGGAGAGAAUGAAAGCUGUGAUAUCAAGAACGGUGUUCCGAGCUGUUACUGCAAAGAUGGCUACACCUCUCUUGGAGAUGCCUGCUUCAGAGCUCCCGGUUUCUGUCAGAUCUGGGGUGACCCUCAUUAUGUGACCUUUGACGAUAAGAAAUAUAACUUCCAGGGUGAUUGUGACUACACGCUGGUCAGAGAUUGCCAGAAUUCUAGUGAUUUCCACCUGUGGUCCAACAAUGAAAUCUUGCGUCCAUCAGACAAAGUUUCCUACUUGAGAGAGGUGACACUAGAGUUGAAAGGAAACAUUUACUCUCUGAUCAAAGAUUUCCACGUACGAGUGGAUGGCAUUGAUUUUUCAAGAAAUCUACCUUACUUUGAUGAGCAAGUCUUGAUCUACAGGGAUGUGACAUCAAUGAACCUGGUGACAGACUUCUUGUGGGUGAGCUAUGAUGGAAAGAACAGUGCUGAUGUUUACCUGAGCUACUCCUACUUUGGGCGUACAUGUGGUCUUUGUGGAAAUUUUGAUGGAGAUAAAUCAAAUGACCUGUUGCUUCCCAGUGGAGAAGUGGCAAGAUCUAAAACCGAGUUUGGAAAUAGCUGGGUAGUAAAUCCGGAACAAUGCGGCGAUGUAGAACCUGGUCCUACCGAUCCAUGUGAAGAAGGGUUGGAGAAUACCAGAGAGGAGGCUGCAGAUGUCUGCAAUUAUCUUCUGGAUCUAUCUGGUCCUUUUGCAUCUUGCCAUGAGUAUGUGGCUCCAGAGGAUUACUACCAAUCAUGUCUGUACGAUGUAUGUGAAACAGGAGAUGAUGCCCUGUGUGCCAAUCUAGAAGAGUAUGCCCAGGCCUGCAGAAAUAGGGGUGGUCAGCCUGGAAACUGGAGAGCUUCGGUGCCUGAAUGCCCAUUGAACUGUCCUUCCAACACUGUGUAUGACCCCUGCUUCAGUGGCUGUCCAGAAACCUGUUCCUCUGCUGCAAGCACAUUGUCCUGCAAUACCACUUGCCAGGAAACAUGUAGAUGUGCAGAUGGUCUUGUACUGGAUGGUGGGCACUGUGUGGAUCCAUCACAGUGUGGUUGCACUCUGGAGAAUGGUGUUUAUAUUCCGUCUGGAGCUCUAUGGACAAGGCCUGACUGUUCACAGCAGUGCACCUGUGAAGGUGGGCGUACCCAGUGUGAAUCAUUCCAGUGUGGAGAGAAUGAAAGCUGUGAUAUCAAGAACGGUGUUCCGAGCUGUUACUGCAAAGAUGGCUACACCUCUCUUGGAGAUGCCUGCUUCAGAGCUCCCGGUUUCUGUCAGAUCUGGGGUGACCCUCAUUAUGUGACCUUUGACGAUAAGAAAUAUAACUUCCAGGGUGAUUGUGACUACACGCUGGUCAGAGAUUGCCAGAAUUCUAGUGAUUUCCACCUGUGGUCCAACAAUGAACUCUUGCGUCCAUCAGACAAAGUUUCCUACUUGAGAGAGGUGACACUAGAGUUGAAAGGAAACAUUUACUCUCUGAUCAAAGAUUUCCACGUACGAGUGGAUGGCAUUGAUUUUUCAAGAAAUCUGCCUUACUUUGAUGAGCAAGUCUUGAUCUACAGGGAUGUGACAUCAAUGAACCUGGUGACAGACUUCUUGUGGGUGAGCUAUGAUGGAAAGAACAGUGCUGAUGUUUACCUGAGCUACUCCUACUUUGGGCGUACAUGUGGUCUUUGUGGAAAUUUUGAUGGAGAUAAAUCAAAUGACCUGUUGCUUCCCAGUGGAGAAGUGGCAAAAUCUAAAACCGAGUUUGGAAAUAGCUGGGUAGUAAAUCCGGAACAAUGCGGCGAUGUAGAACCUGGUCCUACCGAUCCAUGUGAAGAAGGGUUGGAGAAUACCAGAGAGGAGGCUGCAGAUGUCUGCAAUUAUCUUCUGGAUCUAUCUGGUCCUUUUGCAUCUUGCCAUGAGUAUGUGGCUCCAGAGGAUUACUACCAAUCAUGUCUGUACGAUGUAUGUGAAACAGGAGACGAUGCCCUGUGUGCCAGUCUUGCACAAUACGCUCGUGCCUGCAGGAGCAAGGGAGGGAAACCUGGCAGAUGGAGAUUGCUUGUGGAAGAAUGCCCACUGAACUGUCCUUCCAACACUGUGUACGACCCCUGCUUCAGUGGCUGUCCAGCAACCUGUUCCUCUGCUGCGAGCACAUUUUCCUGCAAUGCCACUUGCCAGGAAACAUGUAGAUGUGCAGAUGGUCUUGUACUGGAUGGUGGGCACUGUGUGGAUCCAUCACAGUGUGGUUGCACUCUAGUUAAUGAUGUCUAUAUUCCACCUGAGGGGGCCUGGACUAGUCCUGAUUGCUCUCAGCAUUGCCAAUGUUCAAGAGGGAUAGCAGAAUGUGAGCCCUAUGUCUGUGGAAGGAAUGAAGAAUGUCAGCUCAAGAAUGGAAUACCAGAGUGCUACUGUCAAGAUGGGUACACCCUUCUUGGAGGUUACUGUGUCAAAGCUCCUGGCUACUGUCAGGUCUGGGGUGACCCUCACUAUGUGACCUUUGACCAGAGGAAGUACAACUUCCAAGGAGAUUGUGACUACACAUUGGUGAGAGAUUGUCUGAACUCAAGUGGUUUCCAUCUCUGGGCUGAUAAUGAGAAACGUAAUCCUUCAGAUGAAGUAUCUUACAUCAGGGAGCUGGUCUUAGAAGAUUCUGGAAACAUCUAUUCCUUGAGCUGGGACUUUGUUGUCAGGGUCAAUGGUAUUGACUUCACCAACAAUCUACCUUACUUUGGAGAUGGAAUUAUCAUCUUCAGGGACUUCAAUUCACUGAUUUUGAUAACAAACUAUAUGUGGAUAUCAUACGAUGGAAAACGCAGUGCAGACAUCUUCUUGAGCUACUCUUACUGGAACCAGACCUGUGGUCUUUGCGGAACCUUUGAUGGAGAUAAAUCUAAUGAUUGGAGACUUCAAAAUGGAGAACUGGCGGAUUCACCAGUAGAUUUUGGGAACAGCUGGGUUGUGACAGUAGAUGAAUGUGACGAUGUCAGACCAGAGCCAACGGAUCCUUGUGAGGCAGACUUGGUUCUCCUUGCUGAUGCUGAAGACCUGUGUGCUGUUCUUCUUGACGUAGAUGGACCAUUUGCUCCGUGCCAUGACUUCCGAGAUCCUGAUCCGUUCUAUGAUUCCUGCAAGUAUGAUAUCUGUGCAUUGGGAGAUGAAUUCCUGUGUGACAGUCUGACUCAGUAUGCAGAGGCUUGCAGACAGGCCGGUGGACAACCUGAUGACUGGAGAUCAGAGACACCUCAAUGUCCCUUUGAUUGUCCUGCGGAUACUGUCUACGACCCUUGUUCAAGCGGUUGUCCAGAGACAUGUUCAACAGCCAUCAGUUCCAUACCCUGUAACCUGACGUGUCAAGAGACCUGUAGGUGUGCUGAUGGCUUAGUGAGAGAUGGAGAUCAGUGUGUGGAUCCUUCACAAUGCGGAUGUACUCUGGAAAAUGAUGUCUAUAUUCCCCCUGAGGGGACCUGGACCAGUCCUGAUUGCUCUCAACAUUGCCAGUGUUCAGGAGGGGUAGCAGAAUGUCAGUCCUAUGUCUGUGGAAGGAAUGAGGAAUGUCAAAUCAAGAAUGGAAUACCAGAGUGCUACUGUCAAGACGGAUACACCCUUGUUGGAGGUUACUGUAUUCGAGCUCCUGGGUAUUGCCAGGUCUGGGGUGACCCUCAUUAUGUGACCUUUGACCAGAGGAAGUACAACUUCCAAGGAGAUUGUGACUACACACUGGUGAGAGAUUGUCAGAACUCUAAUGGUUUCCAUCUCUGGGCUGAUAACGAGAAACGUAAUCCUUCAGAUGAAGUAUCUUACAUCAGGGAGCUGGUUUUAGAAGAUUCUGGAAACAUCUAUUCCUUGAGCUGGGACUUUGUUGUCAGGGUCAAUGGUAUUGACUACACCAACAAUCUACCUUACUUUGGAGAUGGAAUUAUCAUCUUCAGGGACUUCAAUUCACUGAUUUUGAUAACAAACUACAUGUGGAUAUCAUACGAUGGAAAACGCAGUGCAGACAUCUUCUUGAGCUACUCUUACUGGAACCAGAGCUGUGGUCUUUGCGGAACCUUUGAUGGAGAUAAAUCUAAUGAUUGGAGACUUCAAAAUGGAGAACUGGCGGAGUCACCAGUAGAUUUUGGUAACAGCUGGGUUGUUACAGUAGAUGAAUGUGACGAUGUCAGACCAGAGCCAACGGAUCCUUGUGAGGCAGACUUGGUUCUCCUUGCUGAUGCUGAAGACCUGUGUGCUGUUCUUCUUGACGUAGAUGGACCAUUUGCUCCGUGCCAUGACUUCCGAGAUCCUGAUCCAUUCUAUGAUUCCUGCAAGUAUGAUAUCUGUGCAUUGGGAGAUGAAUACCUGUGUGACAGUCUGACUCAGUAUGCAGAGGCUUGUAGACAGGCCGGUGGACAACCUGAUGACUGGAGAUCAGAGACACCUCAAUGUCCCUUUGAAUGUCCUGCAAAUACUGUCUACGACCCUUGUUCAAGCGGUUGUCCAGAGACAUGUUCUACAGCCAUCAGUUCCAUACCCUGUAACCUGACGUGUCAAGAGACCUGUAGGUGUGCUGAUGGCUUAGUGAGAGAUGGAGAUCAGUGUGUGGAUCCUUCACAAUGCGGAUGUACUCUGGAAAAUGAUGUCUAUAUUCCCCCUGAGGGAACCUGGACUAGUCCUGACUGCUCUCAGCAUUGCCAAUGUUCAGGAGGGAUAGCAGAUUGUGAGCCUUAUGUCUGUGGAAGGAAUGAAGAAUGUCAGGUCAAGAAUGGUAUACCAGAGUGCUACUGUGAAGACGGGUACAUCCUUCUUGGAGGUUACUGUAUUCGAGCUCCUGGAUAUUGUCAGGUGUGGGGUGACCCUCACUAUGUGACCUUUGACCAGAGGAAGUACAACUUCCAAGGAGAUUGUGACUACACACUGGUGAGAGAUUGUCAGAACUCUAAUGGUUUCCAUCUCUGGGCUGAUAAUGAGAAACGUAAUCCUUCAGAUGAAGUAUCCUACAUCAGGGAGCUGGUCUUAGAAGAUUCUGGAAACAUCUACUCCUUGAGCUGGGACUUUGUUGUCAGGGUCAAUGGUAUUGACUUCACCAACAAUCUACCUUACUUUGGAGAUGGAAUUAUAAUCUUCAGGGACUUCAAUUCACUGAAAUUGCUGACACGCUACAUGUGGAUAUCAUACGAUGGUCGGCGCAGUGCAGAUAUCUUCUUGAGCUACUCUUACUGGAAUCAGACUUGUGGUCUUUGUGGAACCUUUGAUGGAGAAAAAUCUAAUGACUGGAGACUGCCAAGUGGAGAAUUAGCUGAGUCACCAGUAGAUUUUGGUAACGGCUAUGUUGUGACAGUAGACGAAUGUGAUGAUGUCAGACCAGAGCCAACAGAUCCUUGUGAAGUAGACUCAGAAGUCUCUAGGAAAGCUGCAGAACUGUGUUCAAUACUUUUGAACAAAGAUGGGCCAUUUGCUCCAUGCCAUGACUUCCGAGAUCCUGAUCCAUUCUAUGAUUCCUGCAAGUAUGAUAUCUGUGCUUUGGGAGAUGAAUACCUGUGUGACAGUCUGACUCAGUAUGCAGAGGCUUGUAGACAAGCUGGUGGACAACCUGAUGAUUGGAGAUCAGAGACACCUCAAUGUCCCUUUGAUUGUCCUGCAAAUACUGUCUAUGACCCUUGUGCGAGCGGUUGUCCAGAGACAUGUUCGACAGCCAUUAGUUCCAUACCUUGUAACAUGACUUGUCAAGAGACCUGCCGCUGUGCUGAUGGUUUAGUGAGAGAUGGAGAUCAGUGUGUGGAUCCUUCGCAAUGUGGAUGUACCCUUGAUAACGAUGUCUACAUUCCACCUGAGGGAACUUGGACCAGUCCUGACUGCUCUCAACAGUGCCAAUGUUCAGGAGGGAUAGCAGAAUGCCGGUCCUAUGUCUGUGGAAGGAAUGAAGAAUGCCAGGUCAAGAAUGGAAUACCAGAGUGCUACUGUCAAGAAGGAUACUACUUGGUGCAUGGCUUCUGUGUUCAAGCUCCUGGCUUGUGUCAAGUGUGGGGUGACCCUCACUAUAUGACCUUUGACCAGAGGAAGUACAACUUCCAAGGAGAUUGUGACUACACAUUGGUGAGAGAUUGUCAGAACUCCAGUGGCUUCCAUCUCUGGGCUGACAAUGAGAAACGUAAUCCUUCAGAUGAAGUAUCUUACAUCAGGGAGCUGGUCUUAGAAGAUUCUGGAAACAUCUACUCCUUGAUCUGGGAUUUCAGAGUACGAGUCAACAGCAUUGAUGUGACUGAUAACCUUCCUUUCUUCGGUGAAAACAUCAUCAUCUUUAGGGCCUUCAAUUCGUUGAAAAUGCUGACGCCCUUCAUGUGGAUAUCAUACGAUGGUCGGCGCAGUGCAGAUAUCUUCUUGAGCUACUCUUACUGGAACCAAACCUGUGGUCUUUGUGGAACCUUUGAUGGAGAUAAAUCUAAUGAUUGGCAGCUCCAAAGCGGAGAACUGGCCAGUAACCCUAAAGAUUUUGGUGAUAGUUGGGUUGUGAACGUAGAUGAGUGUGAUGACGUCAGACCAGAGCCACCCAAUCCUUGUGUUGAGAAUUCCAUUACAACAGAAGAAGCCGAAAGCCUGUGCAACAUUCUUCUCAAUGAUGAUGGACCUUUUGCUCCGUGCCACGAUUACUUGAGCCCUGAUCCAUUCUAUGAUUCCUGCAAGUAUGAUAUCUGUGCAUUGGGAGAUGAAUACCUGUGUGACAGUCUGACUCAGUAUGCAGAGGCUUGUAGACAGGCCGGUGGACAACCUGAUGAUUGGAGAUCAGAAACACCUCAGUGUCCAUUUGAAUGUCCAGAUAGGACAGUGUACGACCCCUGCUUUGAUGGCUGUCCAGCAACCUGUUCCUCAGCGUCUUCACCAGUACCCUGCAAUGUAACCUGUCAGGAGACCUGCAGGUGUAUGGAGGGACUUGUUCUCAUCGGCGAAGAGUGUGUUGACCCAUCACGCUGUGGCUGCACCCUUGAUAAUGGGUUGUACCUACCAGUUGGUGAGACCUGGAAAAACCCUGACUGCUCCGAGCGGUGCUCCUGCUUAGGUGCAGGUGAACUUCAGUGUGAAUCCACCACCUGCGGCCAGAACGCCGAGUGUAACGUCAAGAAUGGUGUACCUGAGUGCUACUGCCAAGAGGGAUUUGUUCUCUAUGAUGGUAGAUGUAUCGAUGGUCCAGGCGUGUGUCAGAUCUGGGGUGACCCUCACUACUUGACCUUCGACAGCCGCAAGUAUUCCUUCCAGGGAGACUGUGAUUACACCAUGGUGCGAGAUUGCCUGAACCAGACAGACUUCCACCUCUGGGCCGACAAUCGCCGCAGACGUCCUUCGUCAGAGGUCUCCAACCUUGACAAACUGGUCCUGGACUAUGAUGGGCAUAGGUAUGCCCUGAUGAAGUCUCAGAGAGUGAAAGUGGAUGAUGUUAGGGUCAGCCUGCCGUUCAUCUCUCCAAGUAGGGAUAUUGAGAUUUGGUCCACAGGAAGACCUGGGAACGUGAUUCUACAAACCUCAUUUGGUCUCAUGGUGAAGCACAAUGGGCAACGAGCAGCAGACAUCUACCUUGAGAGGUCUUUCUGGAAUAGAACAUGUGGUCUCUGUGGAACGUUUGAUGGAAACCCUGAUAACGAUUGGACAGGUGCUGAUGGUGUGGUCAGGCAAAGGGGAGAAAAGACGGACUUUGCCAAUAGCUGGGUGGUGAAUAGAGAUGAAUGUAGUGACAUCAUUCCAGAACCUGAAGACCCCUGCGCUGAGGGUGGAGAGACUCUGAAACAAGCUGAAGAAUUAUGCUAUGUUCUUUUACAACCAGACGGUCCAUUCUCACCAUGCCAUGACUUUGUUGAUCCCGCUGACUACCACACGGCGUGCAAGUAUGACCUCUGCGCCAGAUUUCCCGAUGAUGACUAUCUAUGUGACAGCCUGAAUGGGUACGCCUCUGCAUGCAGACAGGCAGGUGGCGCUCCUGAAGACUGGAGGUCAGAGACUACUCCAUGUGCCUACGAAUGUCCUGGAGCCUCAGUCUAUGACCCCUGUGCCUCUGCAUGCCCUACGACCUGCUCAGACCUCUCCAGUGCUUUCAACUGCACCCUUCCCUGCAUAGAGACCUGCCGCUGUCCAGACUCCAUGGUCUUGGAUGGCACAGAGUGUGUUGACCCUGAGGAGUGUGGAUGCACACUGGACAACAAUGUCUACCUCUCGCCUGGUGAAUCCUGGACCAAUGAUAACUGCUCAGAGACCUGUACCUGUAUGGCCGGAGAGAUCAUCUGUACGGAGAACACCUGUCAUCAAUUCGCUAACUGUGAUAUCAAGGACGGCAUCAAGAAGUGCUACUGCUUUGACGGCUGGAGUGGAGAUGGCUAUACUUGCACACGAAGUCAAGGCGUGUGUCAGAUCUGGGGUGACCCUCACUACUUGACCUUCGACAGCCGCAAGUAUUCCUUCCAGGGAGACUGUGAUUACACCAUGGUGCGAGAUUGCCUGAACCAGACAGACUUCCACCUCUGGGCUGACAACCGCCGCAGACGUCCUUCGUCAGAGGUCUCCAACCUUGACAAACUGGUCCUGGACUAUGAUGGGCAUAGGUAUGCCCUGAUGAAGUCUCAGAGAGUGAAAGUGGAUGAUGUUAGGGUCAGCCUGCCGUUCAUCUCUCCAAGUAGGGAUAUUGAGAUUUGGUCCACGGGAAGACCUGGGAACGUGAUUCUACAAACCUCAUUUGGCCUGAUGGUCAAACACAAUGGGCAACGAGCAGCAGACAUCUACCUUGAGAGUUCUUUCUGGAAUAGAACGUGUGGUCUCUGUGGAACGUUUGAUGGAAACCCUGAUAACGAUUGGACAGGUGCUGAUGGUGUGGUCAGGCAAACGUGGGCAGAAAAGACAGACUUUGCCAAUAGCUGGGUGGUGAAUAGAGAUGACUGUAGUGACAUCAUUCCAGAACCUGAAGACCCCUGCGCUGAGGGUGGAGAGACUCUGAAACAAGCUGAAGAUUUAUGCUACAUUCUUUUACAACCAGACGGUCCAUUCUCACCAUGCCAUGACUUUGUUGAUCCCACCGACUACCAAACGGCAUGCAAGUACGACCUCUGCGCCAGAUUUCCCGAUGAUGACUAUCUAUGUGACAGCCUGAAUGGGUACGCUUCUGCAUGUAGACAGGCAGGUGGCGCUCCUGAAGACUGGAGGUCAGAGACUCCUCAGUGUGCCUACGAAUGUCCUGGAGCCUCAGUCUAUGACCCCUGUACCUCUGCAUGCCCUACGACCUGCUCAGACCUCUCCAGUGCUUUCAACUGCACCCUUCCCUGCAUAGAGACCUGCCGCUGUCCAGACUCCAUGGUCUUGGAUGGCACAGAGUGUGUUGACCCUGAGGAGUGUGGAUGCACACUGGACAACAAUGUCUACCUCUCGCCUGGUGAAUCCUGGACCAAUGAUAACUGCUCAGAGACCUGUACCUGUAUGGAUGGAGAGAUCAUCUGUAUGGAGAACACCUGUCAUCAAUUCGCUAACUGUGAUAUCAAGGACGGCAUCAAGAAGUGCUACUGCAUUGAUGGCUGGAGUGGAGAUGGCUAUACUUGCACACGAAGUCCAGGCGUGUGUCAGAUCUGGGGUGACCCUCACUACUUGACCUUCGACAGUCGCAAGUAUUCCUUCCAGGGAGACUGUGAUUACACCAUGGUGCGAGAUUGCCUGAACCAGACAGACUUCCACCUCUGGGCCGACAACCGCCGCAGACGUCCUUCGUCAGAGGUCUCCAACCUUGACAAACUGGUCCUGGACUAUGAUGGGCAUAGGUAUGCCCUGAUGAAGUCUCAGAGAGUGAAAGUGGAUGAUGUUAGGGUCAGCCUGCCGUUCAUCUCUCCAAGUAGGGACAUUGAGAUUUGGUCCACGGGAAGACCUGGGAACGUGAUUCUACAAACCUCAUUUGGCCUGAUGGUCAAGCACAACGGGCAACGAGCAGCAGACAUCUACCUUGAGAGCUCUUUCUGGAAUAGAACGUGUGGUCUCUGUGGAACGUUUGAUGGAAACCCUGAUAACGAUUGGACAGGUGCUGAUGGUGUGGUCAGGCAAAGGCGGGAAGAAAAGACAGACUUUGCCAAUAGCUGGGUGGUGAAUAGAGAUGAAUGUAGUGACAUCAUUCAAGAACCUGAAGACCCCUGCGCUGAGGGUGGAGAGACUCUGAAACAAGCUGAAGAUUUAUGCUACAUUCUUUUACAACCAGACGGUCCAUUCUCACCAUGCCAUGACUUUGUUGAUCCAACUGACUACCAAACGGCGUGCAAGUAUGACCUCUGCGCCAGAUUUCCCGAUGAUGACUAUCUAUGUGACAGCCUGAAUGGGUACGCCUCUGCAUGCAGACUGGCAGGUGGCGCUCCUGAAGACUGGAGGUCAAAGACUCCUCAAUGUGCCUAUGAAUGUCCUGGAGCCUCAGUCUAUGACCCCUGUGCCUCUGCGUGCCCUACGACCUGCUCAGACCUCUCCAGUGCUUUCAACUGCACCCUUCCCUGCAUAGAGACCUGCCGCUGUCCAGACUCCAUGGUCUUGGAUGGCACAGAGUGUGUUGACCCUGAGGAGUGUGGAUGCACACUGGACAACAAUGUCUACCUCUCGCCUGGUGAAUCCUGGAACAAUGAUAACUGCUCAGAGACCUGUACCUGCAUGGCAGGAGAGGUCAUCUGUACGGAGAACACCUGUCAUCAAUUCGCUAACUGUGAUAUCAAGGACGGCAUCAAGAAGUGCUACUGCUUUGAUGGCUGGAGUGGAGAUGGCUAUAAUUGCACACGAGAUCCUGGUACUUGCACAGUGUGGGGCGACCCCCACUACGAGACAUUUGAUGGGCGCAAGUUCCAUUUCCACGGAGAAUGUGACUACACCCUGGUACGAGACUGCUACAAUGUGACCUCUCACCCCUCAUUCCUUAUCAGCUCAGGGAACAUCAAGAGGAACCCAGAGGAUAAGGUCGCCUACAUCAACGAGGUCAGAUUGGAGAUCUAUGGAAAGGAUAUCUUGUUGACUCUUGGCGGUGGUGUAUACCUUGAUGGAGUCUCUGUCAAUAUUCCACUUAACAUCAACUCAGGACAAAUAUAUGUCUUCACUUCAGGAAAAGACACUAUCAUAAGGACAGUUGUUGGUAUCAAGAUCCAAUGGAACAACAGAAACACGGCAACGAUCACUGUGCCUUCUUCUUACCAUGGUGCCCUCUGUGGACUGUGUGGAAACUAUGAUGCAAACCCUGAUAAUGACUUCAGGCUCCUCAACAAUGUGGUGGUAACCAAGGCCUUGGAUUUUGGCAAUGGCUGGGUUCUUCCAGGUGUUCUAGAAUGUGGUGUCUCUAUCGAUGAGCCCGAACCAUGUCAAGAGAAUGAUGACUUCCUGUUUGCUCAGGAUGCUUGCUUCAUUGUACUAGAUCCUGAAGGUCCUUUUGUGCCAUGCCAUCCAUUCCUUGAUCCGACACCAUUCUUUGAGUACUGCUCAUACGAUGCGUGUGCCACUUCACCCAACGAUACUGUGGUCUGUGACGAUACAAGCGUGUAUGCUGAACGUUGCAUAGAACUGGGCUACCCACCAAACACCUGGCGAUCUGCAGAGUUCUGUCCAAUUGAGUGUCCCGAAGGCUUCAUCUCCUCCCCCUGCGUCCCUGCAUGCCCAGAGACCUGCUUUGGCACGACCGAAGGAGAGGGUUGCAACGAUGAGACGGAGUGUAGGGAAGGAUGUGUCUGCCCCGAGGGUUCAGUUCUGGCUGAUGGGGAGUGUGUACCAAGAGAGGAGUGUGGGUGUGUCUUCACGGAUGAAGAGCUGGAGUUAUAUCUUCCGGUUGGCGAGAGCUUUGUGUCGGUGAAUUGUUCACGUGUUUGCACUUGUGAAGCUGGAGCCAAUCAGAUCUGUGAAUCCAUGUCAUGUGAUCCCAAUGCCUACUGUGGCGUGGAGGAAGGAGAGAGAGGGUGUAUCUGCAUGGAAGGAUUCCUGGGUGACGGUCUUGAUUGCAUCGAAGUCACGGAAAUGCCAACAACCCCGAUGAUCACUACAACAGACCUAGGGGUACAGUCUACAACAUCAGACAGGGGAAGUUCAACAGCAACACCGGCCAACGUUUCAACUACAAUUGAUGUGAGAACAACAGAAAUGUUUUUUAAUGUUACUACUACUGCUUCCACGACUACAGAGCAAGGAACUGAUACGACUGAAUUUGUAAAUGCUACAACUCCAGUCAUUGUGACAAAUGAAACUACUACUGAUGCCACAACUGAAGAACAGACAACUGUUCUAGGGACUAGCCCAGUAAUUGUGACAAAUGAAACUUCUACUGAUGUCACAACUGAAGAACAGACAACUGUUCCAGGGACUAGCCCAGUAAUUGUGACAAAUGAAACUUCUACUGAUGUCACAACUGAAGAACAGACAACUGUUCUAGGGACUAGCCCAGUAAUUGUGACAAAUGAAACUUCUACUGAUGUCACAACUGAAGAACAGACAACUGUUCCAGGGACUAGCCCAGUAAUUGUGACAAAUGAAACUACUACUGAUGUCACAACUGAAGAACAGACAACUGUUCCAGGGACUAGCCCAGUAAUUGUGACAAAUGAAACUACUACUGAUGUCACAACUGAAGAACAGACAACUGUUCCAGGGACUAGCCCAGUAGUUGUGACAAAUGAAACUAGUACUGAUGUCACAACUGAAGAACAGACAACUGUUUCAGGGACUAGUCCGAAGGUUUCAACCAUUCCAAUGGGUUCUAGUACUGAAGCUGCAACCACAACAGAUUCACUCAUGACAUCAAGUAUGGCAAGUGGUGCAACUACAGCUGUUGUGAUGACAUCAGAGGAAACACAACCUACUACAAAGGAUGGAGCAACAACUCUUGGAAUGACAACAGACGGACCGACCACUCAAGAAAUGACGACCCAGGCUCAGACCACAACGCCCCCUAUCGAGACGUCCACCUGUCGCAUUUGGGGUGACCCUCAUUACAUAACAUUCGACUAUAGAACCUUCCACUUCCAAGGGCAGUGUAACUACACUCUCGCCAAGCUCUGUAACGAGUCCCUGACGGAUGAAGACCGGCCCUGGUUCGACGUGGUUAUCAACAACAGGUUGAAGGUGGUAGACGGGUCGACGUCAUACCUUAGAGAGCUGUAUCUCAAUAUUUCGUCACAUAAAAUCUCGUUACUGCAAGGUCCUGUUGUACUGCUCGACGAUGUUCUUCAGCGUCUACCAUACUACUCUUCUAGUGGUCUCUACAUCACUUACGCUGGCCGAUAUGUGGUUGUAUCAACCAGCACGGGAUUGGUACUGCGAUGGGAUGGAGAAGGUGGAAUAACACUGACAUUACCGCCAGCCUACAGCGGCGCCACUUGUGGUCUAUGUGGCAACUUCAACGGAGAAGCAUCCGAUGACUUCGUUCUUCCCGACGGCUCCUUGGCGGCUGACUCGACAUCAUUCGCUAACGGAUGGAGUCUUGAAGAUGACUGUUCUGACACCACCCAAAUAGAUCCAUGCUCUACCGACUCGGAUCUACUUGCCACUGCCCAGAGUAGAUGCAGCAUUCUUUCUAGCGAUGCAGUGUCUGGCUUUGCGUACUGCCAACAAUCGGUGGACUCUGCCUUCUUCUACGACUCGUGCCUCUACGAUGUCUGUGCCGAGCUACCGGGCGACGAGGGGGCCGACUGCAAUGCAUUUGCCGCCUACCAUCAGACAUGUCUCGACGAAGGUCAUCCUAUCACCGAAGAGUGGAGAACUGGAAGCUCAUGUGACUCGGCGUGCAGCAGCAGCAACUCGACCUACCAGACGUGUACAAGCUCGUGUCCCGAGACAUGCCCUGGCCGCGCCGUCGAUCCUCCGUGCGAUACCCGAUGCGUUGAGGGAUGCGAUUGCGAUGACGGGUAUUUACUUGAUAGCGAUUCUUGCGUGCCGAUCAGCCAGUGUCAUUGCGAGCGUGACGGGGUCUUCUAUUCCGCUGGAACCACAUUACUCUCAAGCACCUGCUCCGAAUUAUGUACAUGUAUGAGCGGACUUUUCAUGUGUGAAGUGGCCUCAUGCGACGAGAAUGCGAGCUGCGGCAUGGACGAAAACAACGACCCAACGUGCGUCUGUAAUAUCGGUUUCGAGGGAGAUGGAUAUACCUGCUCUGCCAUCGUGUAUGACCUUCAAGUGUGCACCAUCUAUGGUGACCCACAUUAUGUUACCUUUGAUGGGCAAGAUUAUACCUUCCAAGGGGAUUGCGUUUACACGUUAGUCACCUCUGAUUGCAUCAAUGGCACCUCAGAUAACACCUUCAGCGUCACAGCUACAGCAGCAAAGGAUAGUGAUACACACAGCUUCACAUACACCAGGGAACUUGUUGUGAAUGUUGAGGGACUGGCUAUCACCAUGACAACUACCGAUAUCUUCCUUGAUGGUGUUCGCGUCAAUGUUCCUUUCUACAAGAACAAUGUAUACUUUACGCAGAGUGGAGAAUAUAAGGUUGUGAUGACAAACUAUGAUCUAGCAGUGAGAUGGGAUGGAGUGAGCACAGCCGAGGUGUGGCUCUCCGAGUACUACGACGGCAAUGUAUGUGGACUGUGUGGCAACCUGGACGGUGAUGCUAACAAUGAUUUCACUAAACCCGAUGGAUCUGAGGCAUCAUCCAUUGAAGACUUUGGAGAUAGCUGGAGUGAUGGAGCUAUCUCCUGCCCUGAGACACCAACAGACACUAACCCUUGUGAUACAGAUGCAACCCUAAGGGAUAAUGCAGUCACGCAGUGCUCAAAUUACCUCAAUGAUACAAAUGUGUUUGGUGAUUGCUAUUCGACUGUCACCCUGGAUCCAUACUAUGAGAGCUGUCUGUAUGAUAUGUGUGCAACAAACCUGAAUAGCUCAGUCUUGUGUAACAUCGUCGAGGUGUAUGCUACACGCUGCCAGCUCCAGACAGAUUGGAAGCGUAAUGUUGACGGUCCCUGUUCUUAUGACUGUCCUGCAAACUCAGUGUACAGUUCUUGCGUGACAGAAUGUCCAUCGUCCUGCGCUGACCUAGGAACUGUUGACCAGUGUACCAGUCUAGAUCUUGGAUGCACAUCUGGAUGUGUGUGUGAAGAAGGGUUUGUCUACGAGGAUGACCAGUGUACCGUGGCUAGCCUGUGUGGGUGCACGUACAAUGGACUGUAUUUCAAGAGCAAUGAGGAGUACAUUUCAGAUGGAUGUGGCCAGCGUUGCGUGUGCGAUGGUUUGUCACACAUGAUGUCCUGUGAAUCCAUCCAGUGUGCUUUCAAUGGAGUCUGUGAGAUCAGAGAUGGCAACAGAGCCUGCUACUGUCAAGAUUCAACAGAUGGUGCUACCUGCUACAAUGCAACAGUGGGGUACACCAUCACCCUUGACCAGGCCACAUGGUCCACACUGACCCUCACCUGGACAACUGACCAAGAGGUAACAUCGGUCAUUGUCCAGUACAGAUUCCAAGGUGAAGAGGUCUGGUCUAACAGCUCCACCGUCGAUGCGACCAGACAGAUUAUCAUUCUUGAUGAUUUGACUUCAUCACAGUCUUACCAAGUUAGAUUGGUGUUUGUAGGGGACUCCUUCUACACGAGGUCAUCCGUUGAGGUGUUUGAUACAUGCACACCUGGAGUGCAGGGGCCGGAGUGUGCAACAGACUACAGCAGCACAAGUGCAUAUGACUUCAAUCUGGUAUAUGCCACCAGUGCCUCCCUAGAGCUUAAGUGGACCCUACCGGAAAUCGCUGAGAUCCAAUGGGUGCACCUCACGUUCCGUGAGUCCUCCACGGACCCUUGGAGCAACGGCACUCUCCUUGAAGGCACGGCGACAUCAGAUAUCAUCCAGGGCCUGAGUGAACUAUCCAGUUACCAAGUGCAGGUGGCCAUUGGACUGUCCAGUGGGGAACAGGCGGAGAGUGCUGUUCUGACCCUGCUGACCUGUGCUGGUGGGACAGUUGGUCUCAACUGUGAAGGAGAUGUCCCCAUUGAUGCUAGUGUAGACACGGUCAGCAGUGAUUUUGUGACCGUCACCUGGACAGUGUAUGUGACCGUUUCCCAAGUAGCCGUCCAGCACCGUGUCGCGACCUCCCCGCAGGCUCGUGUUCUCAUCACUGCUGAUGGCUGGACCGAGGAGCCACCCGUGCCCGCUGAUCGUGGGCUGUACAACAUAGAGGGACUGGAACCCGGUGUGACGUAUGACUACCGUCUCAAGCUGAUCAACGAUACUAAGGAGCAGUUUGGAGAGACUAAUCAGGUUACACUCUGUCCUGAGGGAUUCCAGGGAGCUAAUUGUGAAAUCAACUAUGCCGAACUUGGAGCAUUUGAUGUCCGUCUUGUGGAAGCAAUGGUCACAUCGCUCAACGUCACCUGGCAGACGACCGUUUCCAUCGUCUGGUCACAAGUCCAGUACAAACGUACCUCUGACACCUCCGACGCCUGGCUGGCUACCAAUCAGCUCCAGCCCUUGGAGACAGGGGCGCUCCUGACCCCCUUGGCGGAAGACACGGCGUACAGUGUUAGGGUUCUGGUGACCAGGAUGGACGUAUCCUCCACCAUUAGUGAUGUGGUCCAGAUGAAGACUUGCGUUGCAGGAUUUAGAGGUCUCAACUGUGAGAUUGAAAUUCCAGUUGUUACCACCACCCCAAGCCCUACCACUAUGCAGACCUCACCACCUACUGAACCUUCCACUGAACCUUCCACCGCGGGGCCAACCACACCCUUUACGAAUGCACCCACCACUGUCGCUGCACCCCUUUACAUCAUUGAGACAGUAGGAAAGACCAGUACCUCUCUGAAAAUCAGUUGGACUCUGCAGCAACCCAAUGUGGUUCAGGUGUUUGUGGAGUACAAGCCCAAUCUCUCCCAGACAUGGACACAAGUCUCUGCUUCAUCUCCCGAACAAGUCUCAUUCACCAUAAAUGGGCUCACCCCUGCCAUCAUGUAUGACAUCAGACUUAUGUUGGUCUAUGAAGACAGCCCAGAGGCCUUUGGAGAAGUGUAUACUCUAGAGACAUGCGAAGAGGGAUUCAGAGGUGUCGACUGCCAGACAGCUGAGGUGUCGCCAUACAGGAUCACACUAUCACACAUCAACAGUCUCUCCAUCACUGCCGAAUGGACAUCCCCGACCUCUGUCACAGAUGUAGUCCUGCAGUACAGGACCGACAGUGGGCCCUGGAAUAACGGAUCCGUGGUAACGCGUGCCAGAGGCUUUUACAUUCUGACGGGGCUGGACGACAAUGUGGCUUACACCCUGAGAGGAGCAUUCGCAGAGGAGCAGUCUGUGGAGUUCAGUGAUGUGAUCAGUGCUGUGACGUGUGAACAGGGUUUUGCUGGAGAAAGCAUGUGCGAUACAGACUAUUCUAAUGUUGGAGCAUAUGAUGUGGUUUUAAGUACAGCUACCAGUACUUCAUUGGUUAUAUCAUGGGCUGUGAGUCUUCAGGCAGACUGGCAUAUGGUUCAAUACAGAAUCGAUUCAAACUCCAUUGCCCCUGAGUGGUUCAACUCAACCGAACUUGAUGCGAACACAACCAGUUACACCAUCGACGACCUUGAACCAAAUGAAACCUACAGGAUACGAGUCUUGACACGUAGGACGACGACGGCCGGUCGUAAGAAGCGUGCUGAUAUUGCAGAGAAUGUUGGCAUCAGUGCAGAGGUGCUUGUUGUGACAUGUCAGAAUGGACUUCAAGGACUCAACUGUGAAGAAUUCGCUGUGGUUCCAACAACAGGCCAACCCACCGAACCACCCACUCAGCCACCUCGUACAACUCUAGCUCCAUCAAGUAUUCCAUGGAGGGAUAUUUUGAUUGGUCUCCUGGUCGUCUUUGGAAUUCUCCUUAUCAUCUUAAUCUUCAUUAUCAUCCUCAUUUACGGGAAGGUUAAAAGGAGACGUUCCCAGAUGGCAAAGAUACAAGAAGUCAACGACGGCACCCAACGGGGCUACAGACAAUCAGACGUCCUCUUCGCAACGGACAGCAACUCUUACUCCUCCUCUGAGGUCGGUGAUCACCACAACGGUUUAGACUAUGGUCGAGAUGCGGCUGCUGAUCCAGGUCAUGUCCGCAUCAGUAUGGUCGGUCAACGUGACAACGUGCGUGAUGCGGGGACCAGUACGAGAUGGAUGAACGAUCAGGGAUAUAACGAUGGGACGUAUAGGUAUAAUGCAGCUUAUGACCCUACAGAAGACUGAGAAUAUUUAAUACCUAGUAUGUAGUAUGUAAUUUGUAGUAUUUAGAUUAUUAUACUUCUACUCAAACUGAGAGAUACAUGAUACUAAUGAUCAGAGAUAAAAACUAUGGGCCAUAAUACAGAUAUAAUGCAGCUUAUGACCCCACAGAGGCUGAAAAGUAGUACUAUGUAAUGUGUUGGAUUAUGAUAUUGAUUUCAAUCUGGAAGGUAAAUAUGUAAAGCAGAUAGGGAAUAUGUACAUUAUAAUUAAUGAGGCUGCAAGCAAUGCAAUGAGGUUGUAAUGCUCUUACUUGCAAUUUUGGUAGUAAUAUCAAUAUAUUGUGUUAUCUGAGGCUGUUAUACAUUCAUUAAGAUUUUUAUACUUCCUCUUCAAAGUUUAAUGACACAUAUCAGAUAUGAAAAAAAUAUAAUUGAAUUAUUUGAUGCAGUCAUUAUUAUAUUAAGGUUAUAAUGCUAUUGUUUUUAAAGAUCUGAUUUAGAAAUGAAACAAAUAUAUAUUUCAGUGUAAGAAUUUCAAUAAAUAUUUAAAUGAUGAAAUAUGCUUUGUACACUCAGAAUAUGAAAUAUGAGUUAGCAAUAAACCAAAUACAUGAAUAUGCACGUAAUUAUUAUUUCAUUUUGACUAACUGAAUGUAUGAUGUUGAAUUCCUUAGUAUUCAAUGCGCAUGGAUUUUCCAGCUCCCAAACUCAAGCAAGUGAUAUUUUUACAUAAUUAUGUUUAUGAUAUUCAAAUGAUUUUAUUCAAAUUUCAUAUGAUUUUAUUUAUCACGCAAAACAUGAUACAAUGAAUAAGUAUAUUAAAAACAAAUAUACAAUGAAACAAGACACUUAUAAUGGUAAUGGCACGAGAAAGGAGGAACUAACUAGAAGUAGAACUUGUUGAAGUAUUAGUUUAUUAAAAUAUUGAAAUAUUAUUAAUUAUAUGAAUGUGGUACAUGCAUCAUACUAUCUUUAUUGCUCAAUAAAAGAGAGAAUUUGAAAUCAUAUUAAUUUUACAAAUUAUAAGCACACAAACAUGAAAUACAUUUAUUUCUAUAAAAUAUGUCAUAUCAUAAAGGUAGUUAAUAUCACAAAAGUGAUACAUCCUUCUCCAUAUCUGUGAAGAUGUGUGAUAGUUACAAAAUAUCAUAUUCUUGUAUUCAUUUUAGAGUAGCUUUCAUGGUUAUGCGUUUUAAUUUUAAUCAGUCUUCACUAAGUUUUUCACAAUUCAUACACAAACAAUUGAAUAAGAAGAUGUUUCUUUAUAUGUUACAUUGUAAGUGAAUAGUUAUCAAUAGUUGUACAAAUUGAAUGUUAAUGAAAUAUUACUUUAAAAUACGAACUUAUAUAAAAUAUAUUUUAAAACUUUAUGAUUUGAUAUUGGUGAUUAUAUAUAGGUGCUGUUUACUUCAUGAAUUGUCUUUCAAUUUUUGUCAAAAAGUCUUCCCAUUUGCAAUUGUGGUUGUGAUUAAAUGCUUGCUAACAAAAA